AUGAAAAAACUUACUGCAUACAAUAAAAAAGGUUCUUGCUCUAAAGAGGAAACUUUAACAACAAACAGUAUCCCUAAAACUCCGGUAGACACUGCACAACAGGACGGCAAUGAUAAUAGCACUCCUAGUUGGGAAGAACAAGUAUCGCUAGAGAACGAAAUAGGUUUCUCCAAAGAAAGUGAGAAUCAAAACAACAAACUAGAUGCGUCUGAUCACGAGACACGUAAUGAAAAACUCAACAACAAAGAAGACUCGGUUUCAACAACAACGAAACGCGUAAACCCAUAUGAGGCAUUAUUAACUAACUCGAGUUCAACAGUUAAACUCCGUCUACAAUAUAAAGAGUUUACAGCGAACAAGAAGAAAAACAGAACCACCUCUUUUGAAGGAGAAGAAGAAAGAAACAAAACUCUAGAACAAGAGGUUCUCACAGAGGACCUAAAUAUGGACAUGAACCAAACAGAAGAAACUCCUUUACCCAACUCUGAGGAAACUUUAACCAACUCAGAAAAGGUUAGGGAAGAGGAGAUAGUAAACCCCACAUUGAUGGAAGAAGACUCAGAAGUUCCCAACAAUGAAACUCUCAGUGAUGUGGACAAAGAAAACGAUCCUAUUGUCAAUGCUUCUAAUACUACAGUUGUAGAAGCAGAAGAACCUCAAGCUCUAAACUUCCCUCUGGUACUAAUUACUAAUGAAAUUAACUCACAGUCUCGUGGGGCUAAUGCUGAAGAGGAAUUCACCGUUGUCUCAUACAAAAGGAAAAAAGACAAGAAAACUUCUAUGAAACAAAAGGUGGAGCCAGUCAGAAAGGCAUCAUACAGAAAUCCUCGUAAUGGAGUACAGAACUUCCAGAUCUAA